GUCUGCUCACACGUGCCUGUCGUCUUUGUCCUGCUCCACAGCUCUAUACUGGCUGCCAUAGGCACUGCUGCCUUCAGGGACAGGAGCUCACUGCCGCCUUCACCAUUUCCAAACAUCGCAUCCUUUGCAGCAAUCUUCCCCAGCAUCUAGUCGGUGCACCGCGGGAGGAGAACCAGGCUAUUCUGCGCUUCAUGCAAGGCACAAUGCCCGGAUUCCCGUAGGCGAUUCACCCAGCGAAGUCUGCCCACCUGGAGGACCCAGGAAGGAUGCGUGUUUUCAGCGGUUGGGCUCCGGCCGGACGGGUCUGUUUUGGAUGAUGCGCAGAGGGGUUUUCUGCGUAUUUAUGUUUCACCCAGAUUUGGAAAACCCCCAUUCAAUCGGGAGAUCCAUGACCCGGUUUGUGUACCGUUAUCACCAUGUCCCCAGCAUCGGCUGCCACGGCCAGUGAGAGCAGCACCACCACCCUCCCUGAAGAGCAGCCGGACAGCCCCCGAGAGGAGCAGCGGCCCCAGAAGCAGUCCCUGAGUAAAUCCCUGUGUCAGGAGACUCACUGGAAAUGCCUGCUGCUGUCCCUGCUGAUGUACGGCUGCGUGGGGGUGAUGGCCUGGUGCCAGGUGACCAAGGUCACACGCCUCUCCUUCGACAGCGCUUACAAGGGAAAGUCUAUGAUGUACCACGACAGUCCCUGCUCCAACGGCUACAUCUACAUCCCAUUGGCCUUCCUGGUCAUGCUCUACGUGGUCUACCUGGUGGAGUGUUGGCACUGCUACACCAGGAACGACCUGCAGUACAAGGUGGAUGUGGAAAGUGUGGCGGAGCGUAUCCAGCGAAUGCAGCAGGCUACACCCUGCAUCUGGUGGAAGGCCAUCAGCUACCAUUACAUCAGGAGGACGCGGCAGGUGACGCGCUACCGUAACGGAGAUGCCUACACCACCACCCAGGUCUACCACGAGCGAGUCAACACACACGUGGCUGAGGCGGAGUUUGACUACGGGAACUGUGGGGUUAAGGACAUCGCGAAGCAGCUGCUGGGCAUGGAGGACUUCCCUAUCACCCGGCUGAGGUUCACUAAGUGCUUUAGCUUUGCCAAUGUGGAGUCGGAGAACUCCUACCUGACGCAGCGGGCCAGUUUCUUCACAGAGAACGAGGGCCAGGACGACUACAUGGAGGCCCGUGAGGGGAUGCACCUGAAGAAUGUAGACUUUAAAGAGAACAUGGUGGCCUUUUCUGACCCAAAUCACCUUCCCUGGUACGCAGCCAACUCCACUUUCUGGGCGGCAGCUGCUUUCACGCUCUCCUGGCCGCUGCGCGUGCUGAUAGAGUACCGCACGGCCUGUGUACACUACCAUGUAGAGAAGCUGUUUGGCUUUGACUUUGUGCCAGCAACGCCAUCUGAGGAGCAGCCACAAUCCAGACACAUCCCACGAGUCAACACAAUCGACAGCACGGAGCUGGAGUGGCACAUCCGAUCCAACCAGCAGCUGGUGCCCAGCUACUCGGAGGCAGUUCUCAUGGAUCUGGCUCAGCUCUCGGGAAGCUCUAACAACUACUCUGUGUGUGGAGGUUACGACAGCUACAGGCAGAAUUGUGAACGCUGCCACCGUGCCAUCAGCAGCUCCUCCAUCUUCUCUCGCAGCGCCCUCAGCAUCUGCAACACAGGGAGCCCCCGAAUCCCCUUCAGCGCCAGCCGCUUCUCUCUGGGUCGGCUGUACGGCUCGAGGCGGAGCUGCCUGUGGAGGAGCAGCGGGAGCCUGAACGAGCGGUCCCGCCCCACAGAGAGCACUCGCUGCCUCUCAGGCCAGCAGAGCAGUGAGGAGAACCCUCCAGACUACCAGGACGCUCUCUGCUUCCCUGUGCUCAUAGUGCAUCGCAACGAGGGCUGCCUCAACCACGACCACCGCUCCCUGCACAGAAACGGCUCCUGUGUGGAGACUUCUCUAUGACACACAGAGCACUCUGAGAAUAGACUGUAGCAACACAGGAACAGAGGGAAAAGGGCUCGGCUAACACUGACUUCUGCUUCCCCCUUCUACAACAUUGGUAACUCUGCAAGUUACCACGAACAAGGAUUUUUUUCAAAUUUCUAAAGAAACUGUAGCCUCAACAAACAAGAACCAGUACACAUGGGAAAGUCCAUGUAGCAUAGUCUGGAUAAAACAGACUUGAUGCUGUUUAUAAGACUGUUAUAGGAAAUAUGGUUUUAAAGGACCAAAAUGUGUCACAUAAUGUUGUACAGCGUCAACAAGGACAAGAGUCAAAUAACCAAGGAAUACCAAGGGGAUUCACAUCCUACUGUAAAUGCCAUAUUUGUAGAUCUUAGUCAAGGACUUGAGGAGUAACAUGAGUAGUAUUUGAAGCCUAUUAUGGGUAUGACUCAGCGGUAGCCUAUUAAAUUGCCAAGAGAUGAAAGGAAUAGGACAAUUAUUGGACUUGUGAAUGGGAAAUAACAUCAAUAUUUAGAA